GGGGGAACAUCGUAUCUUUUCUCUCUCGGGAUACUCGGCAGAGAGGACGCGUGAAUUAGAGAGAAACAGAUUGCAGAAGAAGGUAAAACGGGAGGCGAUUGAGCUGCUGGUACAGUUAGCGGACUCGUCGAGCCAAGAAAAACAGUCCAACCUGCACCAGCAUGAGGAAAACGGUGCAACUUACAACGCAUGAUGAGAAAAAGGGCAGUCGGCCGAACCUGUUGCUGCCCGGACACAAGCGAGCGGGCGGUCGGUUGCUGGUGGACGUGGUGGGCGAGUACCUUUUUGAGACGGGCGCGAUUUUGCUCUCCUUCCUGAUCGCGCGCAACUCGAUCGCUUGGAUUUUGGAAACGGCGUUUGGACUGGGUCCCGAUUUUUGGCAGCUCCAGUGGCAAACCCUGGUCGACCGAAACCUCGACCCCAAGUUCUACCUUGUGUGGGGCGGCCUUACAGUGUCCCUGUCCGUCUAUUGGAUCUGGGGCGGUUUCUACUGCGUCCUCGACAGGACCGGCUGGCUCUCCAGGUACAAAGUCCAACCUGGCACCAACUUGCCCCCGGACAGAGAAAAGUUCAUCAAGGCUGUGGUGCACGUGUUGUUCAACCAGUUUGUUGUGUCGAUCCCAGUGGCAAUCGCAGGAUUUUACCUGACCCAAAGCAGCGGCCGACUGCUCCCGAUCGAGCAACUGCGGAUUUUGCCUUCAUUCUACAGAGUUCUGCUCGAGCUGCCUUUCCACAUUUUUUGCCAAGAAGUCGGCUUCUAUUACAGUCACAGGUUGCUGCACCACAAGUCAAUCUACAAGCACAUUCACAAGAAGCACCACGAGUGGACGGCGCCGGUGGCCAUCAUGGCCGUUUAUGCGCACCCCCUGGAGCACGUCUUCUCGAACGUUGUGCCGGUGAUCAUCGGGCCGGGCAUCCUGGGUUCGCACCCCGUGUCGGCGUGGUUUUGGUUCGCGUGCGCAAUCUUCCACACGAUCAACACGCACUCGGGCUACCACCUGCCGCUGCUGCAGUCGCCAGAGUUCCACGACUACCACCACCUCAAGUUCAACCAGAACUUCGGCGCCAUGGGCCUGCUCGACCACGUGCACGGCACCGACGCCCAGUGGCGCCAGACAAAGUCCAAGCAGCGCCACGUGUCCCUCUACUCCACCACGCCCAUCAACCGGCUCAUCCCAGACAACAAGGGGGACUGAGUGACCCCGGGUCUCCCCUAGAGGUCAGCCGUGGAACUAUUUGUGAUUUUGCAGACAAUAAUUGUAAAAAUAUAUUAAAUUUUGCUUGUAAUUCUAUUGUCUUAAACUUUUGCCUAGUCAACCAACAAUUGAAUUUGGAAUUGCGAUGUUCCUUUGUACAGAUUUUUAUAAUGGUAUUUUUAUGUAAAAAGAAAGGUGAUAAAAUUAAAAUUUUGUACAAUAUCAAAGU